AGAUCGAUAUGGUCUGGUGCAGCAACACUUCCCUAACUGUACGGCAUCUCUUCUAUCAAGUUUAUUAGAGGGAAAUGAUUUUAUCUGCGGACAAAGCUUCUGAAAAAGAUUGUUGGUACGGGUCCAGCUAAUUUAUAAAGUGUGGUUGAGGUUCACGUUGCAAAAUUCACGUGCUCUCUUUUCAUUAUUAUUUAAUUCGAGAGGAACGAUUUUAGGAAUGUUCAAAAGCUUUUGGUGAAGAUAACCUAUCAAAGGCCGUGCUUAGCAAAAAUUCACUUGUGAAUGAAAGUUUAGAACUGAGCGAAAGGAAUAUAAGAAUGAACUGAACUCAACCCUGGUUGUUCAAUUCAUUACGUCAAUACUUAAUACGGUGAUUUGAGUUCCAUUCUGACAAGAAAAAAACUGGAAAUAGCAACUCUCAUCGUAACUCUGUUAUUGUGAAUUGCAUCGCUCAUUGAAGGUUGCAGUGCAACAAAUCAAGUGUGUGAGUCAAUCGGCGAUCACUGCGAGGUGUGAGCAGCGAAUUUUACCUGUUAAACUUAUCUCACAAUAUCUCGAUAGUAUAUUCGAUGACGUUGCCACAGGUGACACGCGUCACUGAGCGUUAUCAAAUUUCAUUGACUAAGCGAUAUCAUUUGUUGCGCUCAGUAGCGCGAGGUCGGUGUUGGGGUGCGGAUGAUUCUGUUCUGUGAAUCCCUGCAUUCCCGUCUAUUUAUUUUAAUUGAUUUAAAUCAGUUUAAGUCAAGGAAUCGAGUUUCUACAACCCCUGGCUAAGCUGGCUUUUUUCAAUCAAUAUAGCCUAUAUUGAUCUACCUAUUAUGGUAAACUAGUUACUCAUGUUGUUGUACCGGCUUUAUUAACUCAGAAGUUAUUCAGGUAAAAAUCAAUAAUUAGAAAACAGAAAAAUAUUUACAUUCAACAUGCAAAGCGCUUCCGGUUAUAGUGAUUCCAUGCUCGACAAGUUACCACUAUGGCAGAAGGAAUUAAUUUUAAGAAAAAGAGCAAAUGCACUAGGGUUGACUGCUGCAGCAUCGUCAAAUACGUCUCGCCAGGUCGCUGCACCGAACACAAGUGAAGCUCAACCACUCACAAUAGGUCGUCAUGACGCUGCCGCGCCACAACAGCUGGUGGAAACUCGCAGCGGUCCCUACUAUUGCUCUGUAAAGGGCCCGAACAGGCAAUUGACUGUUCGCGCAGUGAGCGGACACGGAAUCCUUCACUACUCCGCCUCGUCGGCCGUCAGUUUGCAGAGAGACACUGUGAGUGGAGGAGCGCGUAGAGCGUCGGCGCGUUCGAAACCAAAUGAAAGUGUUGAUGAGUGCAUGAGUAGAAACUCGUACGUAAAACGUGGUGAUAAGAUGCACCACAAGGUGUUUCAUGAUGGUAAUUAUGGUGACUGUGGAGAUGAAAAUGGCGCUCUCAGCAACGGAGAGGAAGACUUACAGUAUGGGCCCGGUAUCGUGUCCAAACUGAAGAAUAGAUAUAUGAGCCUCGCCAUGAGGGAGAAUAAAAGUCGACCUGCUUUGCGUAGGUUUAGUUCUCUUGAAGAUCUCCUAGACGCUGAAGAUGGUGAUCCAGGGAUGGCUGCGGCUCCUAGGGGUAGAACAUCCAAUCUAUCUGCUAAAAGGGAAGCUAUGAAACGAGCACGUUCAGUUGAUUGCUUGAGUGCUGCUCGCAGGGAAAUUCCUUCUGAGCGGAGUCCUGCUGUCACCAUUGCCAAGAGCAAGUCAGCUGGCGACGCGCUGUCUUCAUACUCGCGUGAAGAUGUCAUCAUUAUUGAAUCAUCGCAUCCUAACAAACCCGAGAGAAAACCCGAAACUACUGAAAAUGUUGAAGAUUUAAAACUUCCAAUUAAGCUACAGACAAUAAAGUCUGUAUUUGAGCCAAAUGGUCAAAGUAAGUUACAUCGUACGAAGCCUGUUGCAACGACCAAGGCUCCAACUCCCACAGGAUAUAAACCCUUGCCCAAGGCAAAACCUGCUGGCUUGACAGCACGACGGCCAGACUCCAUACAUGAAGCAAAAGGUUCUUUGAAGCAGGUGACUCCUAUUCUAAAAACUCAGGUAAGAACAGCUUCAGUAGGCAGUCCCGAUACCAAUGGAGUUGCUAAUGACAGCGAUUUGUUGAAGUUUGGCAAAGAUCCAUUCACUUCGUCUGUGCCUUCGAAGCCUUCAUCUGCUCAAGAUUCAAUGAGUCCUAAGUCUUCCGUGAGACCUCCUUCAAUCGGGUCUUUGCGCUCUGAAAAAAGUAUCGAAAACACUAGGGUGCUGCUUGAAAACCGCAAAAAUGCUCAAAAGUCUCGGAGAGAAGAGAUACUCAAGCCAGAGCCUACGGAUUAUCUCACUCCGAAGCCUGUAGUUUUAGUGGAGUCUACCCCACCCAAACCUAACUCUGUUCCUCAACUUGGUUCGCCUCCUGCAUUGCCUCAAAGAACAAGCAUUGGCUUGCCAAUUGCAGUUCCUCCUUCUCCACUGCCGAGACAAAUCCCUGUCAGCCCAAUAAGCUCGUCUCUUCUUACCUCCUCUACUGCUUCUCUCGCGGCCAAUCCAUCCAUGUUAUCCCCUACAUCAAGUAAACUUUUACCGUCUCUGACUUCCUUCCCAACGCAAAGCUCGACACCCAACUCGGCGGCACCAGCGCCACCAGCCAGGUUCAUGAACGGAGUCUCUUCACCCAUACUCGAUCCGCUAUCAACUCCAACGCACUCAAGUGCAGUUAGUUGGUCAGCUUCUGCCAUACUCAAGCAUAAGGCUCCUGUUUCACCGACUGGGGACAUAGCUCCUACAGCGAGCAAUCCUCCCCUCAAGCAGCCAUUCGUCAAAAGCGUGCCAGGGCUGGAGACCAAGCCGACAGCAGGGCCUGAAGCUCCCAAGACUUCAUGUCUCCUCGAAACCGCCGCUGACGCCGUUAUUCCAAGUCAAGAUCCGAAUCAGUCCGUUGUUCGUUCCCCAUCUCCUCCUCUUAACCCUAAACAUUUUGUUUCACUCAAAGCUUCGGCUCCUAAAGUAUCACCAGCUUCAGUGGUCAGUCCUUCAAAGCACAUGAGUGAGACCGCUGCCAAACCAUCUCAUUUCGAUCCUUCGCCAGCACGAGUAACGAAAGUCACGACGUUUUCGUCAACGAGCGACGAGGUCACUGAAGUUGUUGAGGCUGUCAAUACAGUUAAUCGUCCUAAAACCUCAAAAGAUAGAUGGCAUCAGGAACAGUCCAAUAGUCUCGUUUUCAACUUCAUCGGCAAGAAAGACAACACUCCCGAUUACAUUGAGAACGACGGCGUUGACAUCUCGAAACGAGUUAAUAAGAACCUGCUUGACUCCGGCUACGUGCGGCUGCCGGGGUACGACGACUGCGACUCGUCAACGGACGACUGGGACGACGAGCUGCAACACUGCCCGUCGCCCCUGCGCGCGGGCGAGACGCCGCCGCCGUGCCCUUUCGAGUUUCUGGGCGCCGCUGUCAUCAUCAAGGGCAGGAGUAACCUGCAGCGCCAGCCCAGGAACAAGAAGUUGUGCAUUUCGUUCGACGACAGCGCGACGAAGACGUUCGAGUAUCCCAGCGAAGCUUCAUUACUUGAAGACCCGGUCGGUCCGCAGCCCUCGGACGCAGCAGUUCCGUCCACCCUCGGAGUCGGUUUGGCUAGCUACACACCUAGCAAGCUGAUACUGGCUAACACGUUUGAGCUGGGCGUCUCCAGAACGCUGGGUUCUUCUCCCCUCCCUCCAACAUCUAAGAGACUUCCUCCUGAAGGUGGCGAAGAAGAUGCCGUCGUCACCGACAAAGUCGCUCCUGUAACAGAGGAUUAUCUGAGGCCUGCUGGAGAAGAAGAAACUGUCAAUUGGAGUGCUAGCGACACUUCUGAUUUACUUUUCUGAAUUUUUACUGCCUACUUUGUACCAUUUUUUGUGUUCUCCCAAGCUUGGUCGAUUUGUUUUAGCCCUUAUCUUCCCACGUGUGCUCAAGCUCUGACUUUUUGUGCAUCUGGCGAACUCCAAAGUGAAGUUUUUAUUGUCUGUGACUUCGACGAUUCUAUUUUAUUUUUUUUUUUUUCGAUGACUUACGAUGUGUGGCCAAUAAUAACUUUAUCAUGGAAAUUUUUUUUCAAUGCAGAUAAUUAUGUGCGAAAAUUUUCAACA